AUGGGGGAAUAUAUCGCUGACGAUGAGGUAGGGGAAGACACCGCUGACGACUUUCAGGAGGAUGACAUCAUGGCAAGGGCUAAUGAGGAUGAAGACUUCAGCAACGAAGAAGAUUGGAGAACCGAAGUUCAUCUCUUCCUUAAAGAAGGAGCGCUGCCUAGAGACCUCAAACAGGCCAGGAAAGUGCAAUCAAUGGCAGGAAGAUGCGACCUUAGGGAUGGGGUUUUAUACAAGAAGUUUUUCCUCAGACCAUUAUUACGAUGCCUAUCAAGAGAAGAAGGACACCGAGUUUUGAAAGACAUACACCGCGGGGAUGCAGGCAACCAUAGUGGAAUGGGAUCCUUAUCAGACAAGGCAAAAAUGCAGGGAUAUUACUGGCCAACAAUGAUACAAGAUGCUGCGAGAAUGGAGAGAAGAUGUGAGGAAUGUCAGCGCUUCGCCAAAAGAAUCCAUGCACCGGCUACAAAGCUGAAUUCGGUGGAUUUCCCAUGGCCUUUUUCAAAGUUUCGUAUACCAGCAGAAAUUGUCUCUGACAAUGACAAGCAGCUACAAGGGAAGAACAUUGAUAUGCUUUUUGAUACUUUCAAGAUCAGAAAGAACAGAAAAGCAGAAUGA